AGACAUCGGCCGACGUCAUUCGCGGGGAUGGGUCUGUCACGUGAUCGAUUCCCAAGCGGUUGUGUCGCUCGCCAUGUUUUGGGUGUAAAAGGGGAAAGGGAGGACAAUUUAACAAACAGGUGCUUGGCCCCUUGGUGAGAGAAAGCUUGGACAUUUCCAGCAAGGCCAUGUAAGUCUUGCAGAGUUGCUGCGUGCUUACGAGGGCAGAGAAUAUUUCAGAUGUCGUCUGCAGGAAGUUCUUCAGUCCGAUUCGAUCGGAUCCGAGGCCCUCGAUAUGAUGAAGUUUCAGUGGACCCUCCUGUUCCAGUGGACUCAAGGUCUUUGGAUGAGCUGAGGGGCAGCGAUUUGGCCCAGAGCGCUGACCCCCUUCCUCCACCUGCGCUACCCAUUCACCCUCCCGUUGGCCCUGAAUUUUACCACAGUGAGAACGACGAGCCGGUCGAAGCCAUAGAACUGAAACCUGUGAGGCGGUUCAUCCCGGACUCUGUGAAGAACUUCUUCCGGGGCAGCCGCAGCGAGCCGCAGCUCGACAUGUCUGCCGCAGACUCGGACAGCCCCGCCAGCCGUGGGAAAGAGUGCUCCCCUCCAGCCUCCCCCUCCCUUGACACCCGCAAGAUGAAGACCUCGGCCGCCAGCUCCUACCGGGAUCCCUAUGGGGGCUCAGGGAGCAGCUACAACUCCCGCCUGCCCAUGCUUCCGCAUGACCCCUACGAUUCCCUGGACAGGAGGACACACCGCACAGCUAUGACCUACAGCGAGAGGGUGGAGGAAUACCACAUGAAAUACUCGUACAUGAAGUCCUGGCCCGGCCUGCUGCGAAUCCUGGCUGUCUUUGAGUUGCUGCUCGGCGCGGCUGUCUUUGCCUGCGUCUGCGCCUACAUUCACAAGGACAACGAGUGGUUCAACAUGUUUGGGUACCGGCAGCCUUACGAUUACGGGGGGAGCAGCGCGUAUGGGGGGUACUACUACAGUGGGCCCAAAACUCCCUUCGUCUUGGUGGUGGCCGGGCUGGCCUGGCUGGUGACAAUGAUCCUUCUGGUUCUUGGCAUGACCAUGUACUACCGCACCAUUCUCCUGGACUCUCACUGGUGGCCCCUGACGGAGUUCGGCCUGAACAUUGCCCUCUUCAUUUUGUACCUGGCCGCCGCGAUCGUCUAUGUGAACGACACGAAUCGAGGAGGGCUCUGCUCCUACCCGCUGUUUAACAACGGCAUUAAUGGAGCCUUCUGCCGAGUGGAAGGGGGGCAGACGGCAGGGAUGAUCUUUCUGUUUGUCACCGUGUUGAUGUACCUCAUCAGUGCUAUCGUCUGCCUGAAGCUGUGGAGGCAUGAGACUGCAAGGAGGUACAAGCAGCAUAGGGAACAUGAGAUGAAAACAUCAGAACCAGCUGGACCUAAACUGACGCAGGGAGCUGUGGUAGGAGACGGCAGGACAGGAGCACCUGCAGUAAUUCGCAAGGAGUUCAGACCAGUGGACACGAAACCAGGGGUUUUAAGCGGGCACAUUCCUGCAGGACACAUUCCUAACCCUGUAGUCAUGCCAGACUAUGUUGUUAAGUACCCUAACAUCAAGACUGAUGACGAGCGAGACCGCUACAAAGCCGUGUUCAAUGACCAGCACUCGGAAUAUAAAGAGCUCCAUGCUGAAGUCCAGGCAGUCCUGAAGAAGUUCACUGAAAUGGAUUCAGUAAUGAAGAAGCUGCCACGUUUCCCAGAAAACCAGAUGGAGCAUGACCGCAUAUGUAACAUUUUUGGGGAAUAUGAGAAGAAAAAGAAUGACCCUGCAUUCUUGGAGAAAAAGGAACGCUGUGAAUACCUGAAGAGUAAGCUCUCCCACAUCAAGCAGAAGAUCCAGGAGUACGACAAAGUGAUGGGCUGGAACGAUGGCUACAGUACAUAACAUGAACUUGAGGGGGGAGCCCAUCAUUUGAUUAUUUAAUUAUUUUGAGUGUGGUGUCACUGCAAUUUUAUACAGUCACUAUUUUUUUUUUCUUUUUCACUUGUGUAAUUUCUAUUAAGUACUUUUGCUCCAAACCCAUGUGGAGGACAUUCAGAAAACCAAAAUGUGUUUCAACUUGUCUCCAAAGCUCAUUGGGGGUUCAAAAAAAGUACUGGGCUGGUUUCACAGUUCCCCAUUAGCCUUCAGCUUGCACCCCUCAAUGACACCCGACGUACGGUUGUGCUGGAUUACGUCUAAUUGGGAUUUGUGAAACCAGCCAAAAUAGUUUUUAUAAGGGCUCUAUUCAAAGAAUGUGUUUAUGCACAGUGUUGUCUUCAGGAAAAACCAUGUAGGAUUUGUGUUGAUUUAAGGAAAAUAUGAAAUGUUCUGUGUCCAGCAUUUCACAUAGAUAGUCUAAGCCUGGUCAAAUACCUUUAUAGGAAGUUAAUGAAAAAGCCCUUAACUGUGGAAAAAUACAUUUAAAAAGCUCUUCAAUUAAUACAGGGAUCCUUUAUAUGCUGAUAGUGUGACUUUGUCCAAAAACAAUGUGAAGAAUUCUGAAUAUGUGUGCUUUCAUUGAUAUCCUUUUAUCCAUUCCUGUGAGGUAAAAUGACGUUAUUAGAAUGUAUUGAGUGUGGAGUUCUUGUAAACCUGUGAUACUGAACCAAGAGAAAUAUAUACACACACACAUGUAUGUGUUUACUUAGUAGAACACAUGCAAUUGCUUUGUAGAAAUGCAUGAUGAUUUUUCCUUUGUCUCUAAGUCGAUGUUGUGUUUCUAGCCUAUUAUGUUUUUUUAUGUGUUGAAAAACUGAAAGUGCUGUGUCUGUGUGGAAACCGUGUGUCCUGCUGUUAUUAAUGUGCUCUCCUGCAUGAACCUGUAUACAAUACUACUUAUUUUCACCAGUCACUGGAAUAGUACACAAGGUCUUGAAGCAGACUCAAACAAACCAAAGAGACCGCUUCUUGAAAGCGGAGUUCAUUUGGAAGGCUCACGUUCUUUCAAACUAACCUGAGCAUAUUCAGUUCAAAACUAAUCAAGUGUGAAUAUCCUAAAUGUUUACAGUUUAGUGUUAAACAUGUUUAACAGUUUUAACUUGAACUUUUUUAGGAAUCUUAGCAACCAAUCAGAACAAUAAAAAUCUCCAUGAGAGUGCUGUUCAUGCUGCAUGAUACACUGCACCAUUCAUGUGUACUGCAUUGCACAGGGAAAUGAUUUUUAAUAGCCUACCUUAAUUUAGAACGGUCAUUAUGUGUUUUUAUAUUUUGACGUUUGACUGUGACACCUAAUAUGUGAUAUAAAGUAGGGUCUCUGAUAACUUCAUCAAAAAAGAUUGAAUAUUGCUAUUAAGGCAAAUGUUCAGUAAACUUUAUGAAAAACUGUUUUGAGCUACUUUUGCUAAUGUAAAUGGCUGUAUGCUGUGCAAUUCAGAAGUUUUAAUUUGUUGUCCAUCACUAAAAUGAGCGUGUCUGAAUUUUCUUGAAACUGAAUAUAAAGGCCAUAACAAUAUUUGUUGUUCACAAUUUAAAACCAACAUCUAAACCUUUCUUGGCAGCUGUUUCUCAAAAGCGAGCAAAAUACACGUGGUCCAGUUUUUUUUUUUUUUUUGGUCUCAGAGUAACCCAAUGUUAAACACUUUCUGUCCAACACAAAAGCAUGUCACUGUUCAAACUGAUAGUUAGAGCACUGUAAUGAAGUUGUUUGUAAUCGAAUAACAGCUGUGUACAAUGUGCAGUUAUUUCUAAUGAAAUGUCUGCCUUUUUAUUUGAAACCUGCAUUUACUAUUAAAACUGUUUCAAAAGGGACUCUGAUAUUGUACAGGAUUACAGGUUGUGUAUAUAAAUGUGUGGUUGGAAUUAAAUAUUUAAUAGU